AUGGAAAAGGCACAGGUAGAGGCAGCCAUGAGAAUCCUGAAGGAGCAGAAGCAGCUGCUGCAGCAGCAUCCAACCAGACAACAAAAUACCCUUAUUCCAGACGAUAACAUGGAGGACAUACUAGUGAAUCUUCCUGUCAGUUGUAGUUUACCGGGUUUAGUAGAAAGAGCCGACCUAGAUCAUAACGUGGAGCCAAAGAAACUCGAUUGGCCUUUCAUGGAAUCAAAGUCUGCAUUCACAUAUCUCAAACUCUACUCAUGCACCGACGGUAUUUUGUGCAUGGAGUGGUAUGACGGUAAGAAGGUCUCCAUGUUCUUAUGGAAUCCACGCAUUAACAAAUAUAAGAUGUUACCAAUCCUCUAUAGUUUCGAAAAACGGCAGCCGUUUAUCGGUAGUCUGGAGUAUGUCGGUUUUGGUUAUGGUUCGAGCAUCAAUGAUUUUAAGGUUGUAAGAGUUUUUCUACAGCUGUUUCGAUUUUCGCCGGCUCCACAGUUCAUAAUGCAGGAGUUGAAUGUCAAAUCUAACGUAUGGAGAUCUGUUCACGAGGAUGCUCCAUAUACUAUAGACAUCAUUCCUAUAAAGCCGGUGCACAAAGAUGGGGUUUUGUAUUUCGUUGCUAAGAGAUUAACUUCAAUCUCUUCACGACAGAUAUCUAUAAUCCUUCGCUUUGAUUUAGCAGAUGAGAGUCUGCAGGAAGUGGCGAUGCCUCCGAUUGUAACAUGGGAUGGUUUCGAUCUGCCAUUGUUUUUGGAGGUCUUAGGAGGUUCCCUACAUUUAGGCUACGGAAUGGGCUUGUGGGUGAUGAAGGAAGAAGCUUGUUGGGUUAAGUUUCUCGACUUUAAAGGCAUUUUUGAUAAAUUCAUGAGGCCAUUGUGUUUUACUGAGGCUGGUGCAUUGAUUCUUACGAAUUUAGUACCAGGCAAAUUCCAUAUCUAUCAUACAGAAAACGAUACUUGCAGGGAAUUUGAGGUUUGUCGCGAUGCUUCCUUUCGUGGAGUGAUUUCGUAUUCUGAUAGUCUAAUUUCACCUUCCUAUGAUGAUUGA